AGAAAAAACAGUUGUUUUUACACCACUGUGUUCAGGUAUAAAGGUUCUACAGCUUAUUAUUAACCGGAAGUUAUCCGGAAGUUACAGUAGAAUAUGAGCGUCGGCGAAGUUCAAGUAGCAUUCACUCUUUUUUGGAAAAACGUUAACAAAAAACAGUACCAAAAGAAGUGAUAAAACUGUUGUAAAACUUGUUUUUGGACCAAGGAGUUUUGAGCUGGGAAGAACCAACAAACAGAACCCGGGGGUUCUCCGGAGACCAAGCGGAACAGGGUGAGGUGAUUACAGGCAGCCGUCCCCUUCCCCCUGAGCCACCGUCUCACCAUGAAGGAGGUGUUCGACUGUGAAGGGAAGCCCCGCGUCGACCUCCUGAAGGCCCACCUCACCAAGGAAGGUCGCGUGGAGGAAGCUGUGGCUCUGAGGAUCAUAGACGAGGGCGCCACCAUCCUGCGACAGGAGAAGACCAUCCUGGACAUCGAGGCUCCAGUCACAGUGUGCGGAGACAUCCACGGACAGUUCUUUGAUCUGAUGAAGCUCUUUGAAGUUGGAGGAUCACCAGCAACCACGCGGUACCUGUUCCUGGGGGACUACGUCGACCGCGGCUACUUCAGUAUUGAGUGUGUUUUGUACCUCUGGUCUCUGAAGAUCCUUUAUCCAAAGACUCUGUUUCUACUGCGUGGAAAUCAUGAAUGUAGACAUUUGACUGAAUACUUCACCUUCAAACAAGAAUGUAAAAUCAAAUACUCGGAGCAGGUGUACGACUCGUGUAUGGAUGCGUUUGACUGCCUCCCUCUGGCUGCACUCAUGAACCAGCAGUUCCUGUGUGUCCACGGUGGACUCUCACCUGAAAUACACACCUUAGAUGACAUCAAAAAGUUGGAUCGAUUCAAGGAGCCCCCCGCCUUCGGCCCCAUGUGCGACCUGCUGUGGUCUGAUCCUCUGGAGGACUUUGGUAACGAGAAAACCCAGGAAUAUUUCAGCCACAACUCAGUCAGAGGCUGCUCCUACUUCUACAGUUAUCCAGCUGUGUGUGAGUUCCUACAGAGCAAUAAUCUACUGUCAAUCAUUCGAGCUCAUGAAGCACAGGAUGCUGGUUACCGGAUGUACAGGAAGAGUCAGACCACGGGGUUUCCCUCCCUCAUCACCAUCUUCUCAGCACCAAACUACCUGGACGUUUACAACAACAAAGCUGCUGUCCUGAAGUAUGAAAACAACGUGAUGAACAUCAGGCAGUUCAACUGCUCCCCACAUCCGUACUGGCUGCCAAACUUCAUGGACGUCUUCACCUGGUCUCUGCCCUUUGUCGGGGAAAAAGUCACAGAGAUGCUGGUCAACGUGCUGAGCAUCUGCUCCGACGACGAGCUGAUGAACGACGAAGACGAGAUCUUUGACGCUAACGCAGCUGCAGCUCGUAAGGAAGUGAUCAAGAACAAGAUCCGAGCGAUCGGGAAGAUGGCCAAGAUGUUCUCAGUCCUCAGAGAGGAGAGUGAGAACGUGUUGACGCUGAAGGGCCUGACCCCCACUGGCAUGCUGCCCAGCGGGGUUCUCUCUGGGGGCAGACAGACGCUGCAGAGCGCCACCAUUGAAGCCAUUGAAGCCAUCGAGACACCCGACGAGGACAGAGAAGCCAUCCGCGGGUUCUCGGCCCAGCACAAGAUCUCCAGCUUCGAGGAGGCCAAAGGUCUGGACCGCAUCAACGAGCGCAUGCCACCUCGCAGGGACGGCGUCAACCACGUGGGUCUGUCCAUGGGAAAGAUGAACAUGUCGGAGGCGAACGGCACCGACGACAACAGUAACAUCCAGUGAUGUGCUGCCUGAGCCGGGGGUCGUGCCGCUGCACCACCGCGCAGCAAGACUUUGCCAAAUCUGGAAUUCAGAGCCUGGGAGUUUAGAGACCAACACAGACUCACAGACAGAACACAGAACCUGCAGCCGGAUCUCAAAAAAUAGGGUAAAAAAAUAAAUAAAAAAAAGUCACUUGUUUCAUUACAGAGGUUGAACAGUGGGUGUCACUGUGGUGGUCCUGGAGGGGGAGGGGCCACAGCAGAAGGACUCCCACCCUGAGACUUGAACCUCCCCCCCUGCCUGCAGUUCCCUCCGUCGUUUGAAUCACAGACUUUAUAGUCGGAGGCCGAUCGGUUCCGAGCACUGACCAACGGCGGCUUCUUCAUUUCAGGGCCUGACACAGGACACAGCUGCAGUAACCAAUCGGUUCUAACCACUGUUUUCUAUAGUGUUUAUGAAGGAACUCACUCACAGUUUCACUCCUGGAGGACGACCGUGGUAUUACAUGUUCCACUAGUAUUACCGAGUCACAGCGUCUGCUCCGCAACACUUUCACUUCUGUGGUUCGGUUCCCUGGGGUUCAAAGGGGCCAUCAACAUGUAUGUGUGUGUGUGUGUGUGUGUGUUUACAGCUCAGUCCAAACCAACAGAACCACUGCAGUCACACCACCCUGAGGGUAGGUGUCACUGUUUUCCAGUUCUCCUCCUUUCUUCACCUCCUUCUCGUCAGUCAUCUCCUCGCAGAGACAAUCUUGGAGGGGAUGAGGAGAGACAGGAGGGAAAGUCCAGGAGCAGAACUGGAGAAGUGGGACAUCGUGCUCACGGUUGAAUUCCUUCACAUCAUCUGUGACGUGUUUGAUGAUGAUGCUCAGCUCCUGGUCUGGACCUCAGCUCCUGGUCUGGGCCUCGGCUCCUGGUCUAACCCGGUCACAGUCAGAUCAUCGUGUCCUUCAGUGGAACUUUACCUCACGACUGUACAGACACUGACCCGUCCACCUGCUGGAACUCUCCUCCAACUGAAGGACGCUGUGGACGCUGAUUGUUUGGAUUUUUUGUUUUUUUUGUUUUUCACUUCUGUGUUUUAACCGCCUACAAAACAGCGUCAGCGCCAUCUACAGGACCAGAGGGUGAAGGAGAAGAAGUGACUGAACUCUGGGACGUCGUCUGCUGCCACUAACUACCUGAUUCCUUCUGGAGAAGGAGGUUUGAGUUUUUGAUGAUACACGGCUACACAGAGUACUUUAGUACGCAGUACAAUGAGAAGGAAAUUCUACAAAUUUGUGUUUGCUUUUUUUUUUUUUUUUUUUGCAGCUCAAUAGUAUUUUGAUGUUUGUGUAAAACACAGGUUUAAAUUAAUCCGGAACUGAUUUUUACUGCUGCCAGUCGUGAAAUACCACACAUUUUUUUAAACAGUUAACUUUAAAGUACUUUUUCUAUGAAAAGUACACGUUAAUCAGAGAAAUGUUUUCCAAUCACUGAAGAGUGCCACAACACUGUGACUCAAACAUCCAGACAUCAAUUAAAGGUCAGGUAUGCAGGAACUUUGUGUACACUUCCUUUCCUUCCCCUGCAGGGGGUGCUAUGAAUGUAGCUUAAAUGCUGGUGUGCAGUGGGGGGGCUUUUUUUUAGGCCAUGGACCCUAAACUGAUGAGGAGGUGGAGCAGGACGCCCCAGCUGUACAGAAUGUCCCUGAAUGUUGACGUUAGACGAAGAUGAAGAUGAAAAUGUUCUGCCUCUAUUUAUGUCCUCGCUACAAUAUAUUGGCUUCACAGGAAAAAGAUUUCUAUGAAAAAAUAUAAAACCUGUCCUGACCAAAAAUUUUUUUCUGAUUCUGCCAAAUUU